AUGUUUUAUGCAGUUACUGCUAACGAAGUUGGAAUCUUGCUUCAAGAAGCCGAAAUCAAUCAAUAUGGUUCUUACAAAUUCAAUUACGAAAGCGAAGAUGGAACUAAAGUAUCUCAAACUGGUUCUUUGAAGAACGUGAACAACAAAGAUGUUCAAAUAGCUGAAGGCUCGUAUUCCUAUCAUGGUGAUGAUGGCAAAGAUGUCGUUGUUAAAUACGUCGCCGACGAAAAUGGAAACCGUCCAAUUGGAGACAAUAUUCCUGCAUCGAUUUUUUCAUGUGUUUUUUCCAUGUCAGUCUGCGAUCUAAAAUUAUACCCAGGUAUUUGGCAUCAUCAGCUUCUGUGA